AUGGGUCAGACUCUAUCAGAGCCCGUUGUCGAAAAGACUUCGGAGAAGGGUGAGGAUGAGCGCCUCAUCUACGGUGUUUCGGCCAUGCAAGGCUGGCGCAUUAGUAUGGAGGAUGCUCACACCGCAGUACUCGACCUCGACUCAGCCAAGUCUCACUCCAGCAAGCUGUCCUUCUUCGGUGUUUUCGACGGACAUGGUGGUGACAAAGUGGCACUAUUUACCGGCCAAAACAUUCACAACAUUAUCUUCAAGCAGGACACCUUCAAGUCUGGUGACUAUGCUCAGGGUCUGAAGGAUGGUUUCCUCGCGACCGAUCGCGCUAUUCUCAACGACCCCAAGUACGAAGAAGAAGUUUCCGGUUGCACAGCCUGUGUCAGCUUGAUCGCCGGCAACAAGCUCUAUGUUGCCAACGCUGGUGAUUCGAGAGGUGUUCUUGGUAUCAAGGGUCGUGCCAAGCCUUUAUCCCAGGACCACAAGCCCCAACUCGAGAACGAGAAGAACCGAAUCACAGCUGCCGGUGGCUUCGUCGACUUCGGCCGAGUGAACGGAAACCUCGCCCUCUCGCGUGCUAUUGGUGAUUUUGAAUUCAAGAAGAGUGCUGAGUUAUCCCCCGAGAACCAAAUUGUUACAGCCUACCCCGAUGUUGAGCAACAUGACCUUACAGACGAGGAUGAAUUCCUGGUCAUUGCUUGUGAUGGUAUCUGGGAUUGCCAAUCCUCUCAAGCCGUGGUCGAGUUCGUCCGACGAGGCAUCGCUGCCAAGCAGGAGCUCGAUAAGAUUUGCGAGAACAUGAUGGACAACUGUCUUGCCUCCAACUCCGAGACCGGUGGAGUUGGCUGCGACAACAUGACCAUGGUCAUCAUCGGCUUCCUCAACGGAAAGACCAAGGAAGAGUGGUACGAGGAGAUCGCCCGCCGGGUCGCCAACGGAGAUGGCCCUUGUGCCCCCCCCGAGUACGCCGAAUUCCGAGGACCUGGAGUCCACCACAACUUUGAGGAUAGCGACAGUGGCUAUGAGAUGGAUCCUGAAAACAAGGGACGAAGCUUUGGAGUUGGUGGGUACCGAGGCCGGAUCAUUUUCCUCGGCGAUGGCACUGAGGUUCUUACGGAUUCAGAUGAUACAGAAAUGUUUGACAACGCCGACGAAGACAAAGACCUCGCCAGCCAGGUCACCAAAAACCCGUCAUCCGCCGAGAAGGACACCGCUCCUGUAACCGCCCCUGGCGCCGCCGCCGCCGAUACGAAACCCGCCGAUGCAACCAUUACGAAGCCCACCGACAAGGACGCAGCGGAGGAGGUGAGGAAGGAGGCCAGUGCCCAGGAAAUCAAGAAGGAAGAAUAG